AUGAAGCAGGUGUCGGCCAUGACGGGUGAGAUGGCCUCCCUUAAAUUACAGCUCGCACGCCUUACUUCCGGCUCUGAUCGCGCCUUCUAUGUUUGCGACACGGCGACUCGCAGACGUUUCCUGGUGGACACUGGAGCCCAAAUCAGUGUUAUUCCCCCAACUUCAGCUAAUCGUCGUUUCCCCAGCCCUGGUCUUUACCUCCAAGCUGCCAACUGUUCCGCCAUUCCCAUUUUUGCCCGUCUGUCCCUCAACCUGAACAUUGGCCUCCGUCGGUCGUUCACCUGGGUCUUUGUGAUUGCUGAUGUUCCUCAUAAAAUCCUCUGCUCGGGCUUUCUUGGUGAGUUUGGCCUCCAUGUUGACUGUCAACAUGCCCGUCUCCUCGAUCGCACAACCGGCCUGUCUUUUCGUGGGCUAGCUCCCUUUACUGCCCCCACCAAUUUAUCUGUCUUGGAUACUGAUAUUGCUAGCCCCUAUCGGGAACUGCUUCUCAGACACCCCAAAAUAAUCAACCCCCAGUUUCGUAGUGGUGAGGUCCAACACGAUGUUGUGCACCAUAUCCGCACCUCAGGUCCUCUCGUGUUUGCUCGGCCGAGUCGACUAUCACUGGAGCGUUUUCAGGCCGCGAAGGCGGAGUUUGAACAAAUGCUGCAACUGGGAAUAAUUCGACAGUCCGAGAGCCCUUAAGCGUCCCCACUGCGCAUGGUGCCCAAGGUGACAUCGGGUGACUGAAGACCCUGUGACGACAAUCGUACCCUCAACAGCGCCACCAUUCAUGAUCGACACCCCGUGCCUCAUCUUCAGGACUCUGCUGAAGCCCUUUUCGGCAAAGCGGUCUUCUCGAAGAUUGACCUGGUGCGUGCUUUUCAUCAGAUUCCGGUCGCCCUUGAGACAUCCCUAAAACUGCUGUCACCACACCCUUCGGUCUCUUUGAAUUCAUCCGCACGCCGUUCGGUCUUCGUAAUGCCGUCCAGACGUUCCAGAGGUCUAUCAACCAUAUCUUACGUGGCCAACCCUUUGUGUACGCCUACACUGAUGACCUCUUGGUGGCCAGCCGGAAUGAGGAAGAACACAAAGAGCAUCUUGCCUUGGUGUUUGACCGUCUUGACAAGUUUGCCGUUGUCGUCGACCCCUCCAAAUGCGUGUUGGGUGUGCCUUCGCUCAAGUUCCUUGGCCAUCAGGUCGAUUCUGAAGGUUUGCGUCCCCUCCCCUCCAAGGUUGAAGCAGUUCGUAAUUUUCCUCCUCCAACUUCCAAGCGUCGUUUACAGCGAUUCCUCGGCAUGGUCAAUUUUUACCGUCGGUUCCUACCGAACUGUGCUGACCCCAUUCUGCCGCUCACCAACCGGCUUUCUGGUCCCAAAGGUCCCCUCGAGCUGACUGGUGAAUCACUGACUGCUUUUGAGAGAAUUAAGAAUUUCCUUGCCGAUGCCACCUUAAUCACUCAUCCCGCUCCCGAAGUUCAGCUGUCCCUGAUGGUAGAUGCUUUCACCGUAGGCGUAAGUGCAGUCCUUCAACAACACCUUGCUGAUUCGACUCGACCACUUGACUUUUUCUUCAAAAAGCGCUUACCAGUUGAGACACGCUACAGUAUCUUUGGCCAUGAACUACUUGCCAUUUACCUGGCUGCGAAGCAUUUCCGGCAUUUCCUUGAAGGUCGAUGCUUCACUGUUUUCACGGACCACAGACCGUUGACUUUUGCACUUCGGUCCCACUCCGACAAGUACAAUCCGAGCGAAAUCGCCCACCUGGACUACAUCUCCCAAUUCAGCACCGACAUCCGCCACAUUGAUGGCACGAAGAAUGAGGUGGCUGAUAUGCUGUCCAGGCCCCCACUAUCUUCCCUCCAACUCCCACAAGGCAUCGAUCUUUGCGCCAUGACGGCUGAGCAACAGCGCGUCAGUUGUCCUGGCGACGAGUCCGUUAGUGGUUUCCAACUCAAAGAAGUUCCUCUGACCACCGGCUCUGGUACCGUACUUUGUGACGUCACGACUCCUUUUCAUCGCCCUUUCAUAUCCACCUCGAUGCGUCGAGCUGUAUUUCAAAACCUGCGCAGACUCUCCCACCCCGGAAUCCGAACCUUUCAAAAGAUCCUCACGGAAAGUUUUGUCUGGCAUGGCAUGACCAAGGAGGUCAAAGCUUUGACUCGAUCGUGUCUGAAUUACCAGCGCAGCAAGGUGCAGCGUCACAACAAGUCCACACCAGGCACUUUCCCCAGUCCCGACGCACGGUUCAGCCAUGUGCACCUGGAUGUCGUAGGCCCCUUGCCUCCAUCCAAUGGUUUUACCCACCUCCUUACCUGUGUCGAUCGAUAUAUUCGCUGGGCUGAAGCCAUUCCUUUGUCGAAUGCGCAGGCUGAAACCAUCGUGAAGGCCUUUGUCUGA